UACUAUCUCACGUGGUCGAACAAGGUCAAGGUUGGAUAAACAUCAACAUGGCUGGGUUACACACUAUUUCUCUGAAUCGAAGUGUUUUGACAAUGAACAAAUCGUCAAUUGUCAGGUUAUUGUCUUCAAAAUUUAACUUAGAAAGCAGUCGUCCAAGUUCUUCUAUGGCACAAACAAAACAAAUUCUUGCAAACGAAUUACAAGGUAUACGUGAUGCGGGAACAUGGAAAGGAGAACGUGUUAUCACUUCUCGGCAAGGAGCUGCAAUCCGUGUAGCCGGGCAAAAUAAAAACAUUAUCAAUUUUUGUGCUAAUAAUUACCUUGGGUUGUCAAGUCAUCCAGAAGUCGUUGAAGCAAGCAAACAGACUUUAGAUUCUCAUGGCGCUGGUUUGAGUUCAGUUCGCUUUAUUUGUGGAACUCAAGAUAUUCACAAGGAACUGGAGAAUAAAAUUGCCCUAUUUCACCAUAAAGAAGAUGCCAUUCUAUAUGCUAGCUGUUUUGAUGCAAAUGCUGGAUUGUUUGAGGUAUUGCUGAGCCCAGAAGAUGCUGUGAUAUCGGAUGAAUUAAACCAUGCUUCAAUCAUUGAUGGUAUACGUCUCUGUAAAGCAGAAAGGUUUCGAUACAAACAUCGAGAUAUGAAGGAUUUGGAAUCAAUUUUACAGAAGUCAGAGCGUGCUCGACAACGACUGAUUGUCACUGAUGGUGUGUUCAGUAUGGAUGGAAAUGUAGCGCCAUUGAAAGAAAUCUGUGACCUUGCAGAUAAAUACAAUGCAUUAGUGUUUAUAGAUGAAUGUCAUGCUACAGGAUUCUUUGGUUCCACGGGAAGAGGAACAGAGGAAUACCUUGGUGUAAAUGGGAGGGUUGAUGUUGUCAACUCGACACUUGGUAAAGCUUUGGGUGGUGCAGCUGGAGGCUACACAGCCGGUCCAAAAGAAUUAAUUGAUCUUCUUAGACAAUGAUCACGUCCGUAUCUUUUCUCAAACACUCUCCCCCCACCAGUUGUGGCUUCAGCUAGCAAAGCUUUUGAUCUAGUGAUGAAUAAUGUGGAUCUUCCACAAAAAGUUCUCUCCAACACCAUCCAUUUCCGUGAACGGAUGACAGAAGCUGGUUUCCAAGUGGCUGGGGAUCCAGAGCAUCCCAUCUGUCCAGUAAUGUUAGGAGAUGCUAGACUAGCUUCUAUGUUCUCAGAUAAAAUGCUUGAGAAAGGAAUCUAUGUAAUUGGUUUCAGUUUCCCAGUUGUUCCUAAAGGAAAGGCAAGAAUUCGGGUUCAGAUAUCUGCCUCCCACAGUUCAGAGGACAUAGACCAGGCUGUUGAUGCAUUUAUUGAUAUAGGCAGAGACCUUAAUGUUAUCAGUUGAAAACAAAAUUGGUCUUCACAAAGUUCACUUGCACAAAAAUAAUACUUUUUGUUAGAGAACUCUAUACAAAUAUACAAAACUAACUCUACAGAUUCUUGUUUGUGAUAUUUUGAAUUUAUUGUUAAAGACAAAAAGGUACUCAAAUCUUGCUUUUGAAUAUUUCUACUUUUACUUUACUGAUGGGAUCUGAUAUGAAUUUCACCAUCAUAAAUGUUUUACACAAUUUCGGAAUCUCAUCGAGCUAAAUCGCUAACAUUUGGGACCUAGAAUUGACAAAAGUGGGUCGCAACGCAUAUAAUACUGUAAUAUGAAUGUAUAUAAACUGAUUUACAUUCAAUCAUUUCCGUUUUUACUCCAAUUUCAAAUCAGUUAUGUUCGGCGAAAUAAGCCAGCAGUCUCAAGCGAGCGCAAAUUUCUAGUGUCUGGUUAUUCCAGUCUACAUACGCCGUUUGAUUUGGUGCAAUGUGUCUAGCCUCGUCCCUCGAGUCUCUUGAUGCAACUGGGGCUGAAGCGCAUUAUGGUACAUGAUUCGUGUACCAAUGGUAAAAUGUUUAUUUUGUCUUAAAUAUUGGAUAUCAAAAGCCCAUCUUUUCCCGGUAAGAUCACAACAUGAAUGUUGAUUUAAUUUGACAAAUAAAUCGUGUUUUCAAUGUUGAAGAUUUUGGAUGAUAUUGAGUUAGAGACUUAGCAACUUUAAAAAUGAAUCUCAAUUAUAUUUAUUAUUUUUGUUUUACAAAUACAUUUAACCUGUCAUUUUGUGCCAUAAUACUUUAAUAUAUAAUUGUUAUUAUUUAUUCAUUGGCUUAGAAAUUUGUGAGAAUUUCAUUCUGUGACGGUUUUUUUCAGAUCUAGACAUUAACUGUUAAUAAACAAAAAUCUCAAUAACAUUUGAUGUAUUUUUUAUACAAAUUUAACUAGGACAUUUCGUACCUUCAUCAUGUACAUUUAUGUAAUACAAAUUAUUUGUUUGUUAUUAUUGUGGUAAUUUAAUGUUAUGAAAGGGAACAAAAUAGAAUAUUGUUAUUUGUAUUGUUAAAACUUAUUUUUAUACAUUUAUAAUCCUUAAUGCAUUAUGUAAGAACUAUAUCUGCCUCUUUUGGCUUCAAAUGCUAUUAUUGUUGACAUUUUUUUAAACAUGACAAGCCUAUAAUCAGCUCUGUAAAACAUCAGAUGGUUCUGAUUUAAUGGAUUUAAACAUCCGCAAGAUUUCAAAAUUUAACGAUAAAAUGGACAAUCGAGACCAAGUCUUAGUUGUCCAGUACUGGUACUGUUGCUACGAUAAUGAACAAUCUAAGCUAUAUCUUCAAACAGUUAUAACGUCGCUCAGAAUAAAGUAAUUUGAAUAUUUUCAAUAUAUAAUAUGUUCAUUUUACAUUAUCUAUUUUUGAACUAUUAUAGUAAGAACAUUAAGCUCUUUAUCUAAAUCUUACAUAAUGCAUAUUUAAAUUUGCAGAUAAUGAAAUAUAUUAUAUAAUUAUUGUGGUAAAUUAUUGUGAAAGAUAAUGGAAUAUUAAUAUCUAUUUGUACUGUUAAAACUUGAUGAAGAAGAUCUGUUUUCUUUAUUAGAAAAAGGAAAUAAUGAGAUUUAUUUUUAUAAUUUUUUAGUUUUCCGACAGUGAACUGUUUUGUAGUGUCAUGUGUCAGUAAACAUGCAUCAGCAGUAUUUAUUUUAAAACUUUUUUCAUAAGUACAUAAAGUACAAGAAUUCAAUGUACACAAACAAGCCAAGAAGGAUUAAUCAGUUUCACGAAUAAAUUGAUUUUAAAUAUUAA